CGGGAAGGGCUCUGCCGCGGCUGCGGGCGGUGACCUGGGGUGCGCAUAGACCACGUCCCCAAACCGCAGGAGGGAAGGGAGAAGAGUAGUUGCACCAAUUUGCAGUCCCACCAGCAAUGUAUGACUGAACCUUAAAAACACUGGGGAACCGAGGGAUAGAAGGCACCUACCAUGGCAUUCUAAAGGCUAUAUGGCAAACCCAAAGAAAAGCAGAAACUCCACAUUUCUUCCAGUCAUUACCAGGAUUUUAUCCCAGAGUCACAAAAAUACCUAAUAAUUCCCUAAGAUGGCAUUCAUUGACCUGAAGUCAUUUACUCAGGAGACUGUGUUAAGUUUUCAUAACAUCUGUUAUCGAGUAAAAGAGGAGCAUAGCUUUCUAUUUCGCCGGAAAACAUUUGAGAGAGAAAUAUUUACAAAUAUCAGUGGGGUCAUGAAACCUGGCCUUAAUGCUAUCAUGGAAUGCAUAGGUGGAGGCAAAUCUUUAUUUCUGGAUGUCUUAGCUGCAAGGAAUGAUCCAAGUGGAUUAUCUGGAGAUAUUUUGAUCAAUGGAGCCCCUCGACCUGCCAAUUUCAAAUAUAAUUCAGGUUUUGUGGUUCAAGAUGAUCUCGUACUGGGCACCCUGACGGUGAGAGAAAACUUAGCGUUCUCAGCGGCUCUUCGGCUUCCAACAACUAUGACAAAACAUGAAAAAGAUGAACGGAUGAAAGUGGUCAUUGAGGAGUUAGGUCUGGAUGAAGUGGCUGAUUCCAAGGUUAGAUCUGGAGAAGAAAGAAAAAAGACCAGUAUAGCAAUGGGGCUGAUCACUGAUCCUUCCAUCUUGUUCCUAGAUGAGCCCACAACUGGCUUAGACUCCAGCGCAGCAAAUGCUAUCAUUUCACUCCUGAAAAACAUUUCUGAACAAGGACGAACUAUCAUCUUCUCCUUUCAUCAGCCUCAGCAUUCCAUCUUCAAGCUGUUUGACAGCCUCACCAUAUUGGCCUCAGGAAAGCUAAUGUACCACGGUCCUGCCCAGAAGGCUUUGGAGUAUUUUAAAUCAGCAGGUUACCAUUGUGAGCACCUCAAUAACCCUUUAGACUUCUUCCUGGAUGUCAUCAAUGGAGACUCCCCUGCUGCAGUGACAGCAAUGCAAGAGGAAGGGGGUGAAGCCAAUGAGACUGAACAGCUAUUAAUAGGAAGACUGCAAGUGAUCAAAGGAUUAGCUCAGUUUUAUAGCAAAUCCCCCUUCUAUAGAGAAACAGAAACUGAAUUAGAGAGACUUUCAGGUGGCCAGCAUAGCAGGAGCCCAGCCUUCAAGGAGAUCACCUAUGUCACCACCUUCUGCCAUCAGUUCAGAUGGAUUUUCUGGCGUUCAUUCAGAAACUUGAUGGGUCGUCUCAAGCCCUGGAUAGUUGAGGUAAUCUUACAGAUUCUUUUAAGUUUGCUGUGA